AGGCGCGGAGGGGUCAGCUGACUUGCUCGGUCUUGGCACGUGACUCACGUCGGUGGGUGCUAGGGCUGAGGGAGCCCGGGGAACUAGGAGAUGGAGAGCUAAGCUGCUAAGUCUUCCCGGGUGUCCCGUCUCCGUCGCUUUUUCUUCUUUUUUUUUUCUUGCCAGCGUCAUCGUAUCAAUUUUACUUUUGGAAAAAUUUCUUGAUAAGUAUGACGGAGUUUUGGCUUAUAUCAGCUCCUGGGGAGAAAACAUGCCAGCAAACAUGGGAGAAGCUACACUCAGCAACAAGUAGAAUUAAUAAUCUUUCUCAUAAUUCAAAGUUCAACAUUCCUGACUUAAAGGUUGGCACAUUGGAUGUUUUAGUUGGAUUAUCAGAUGAAUUGGCCAAACUGGAUGCAUUUGUGGAGGGAGUUGUUAAGAAAGUGGCCCAAUAUAUGGCUGAUGUAUUAGAGGAUAGUAGAGAUAAAGUUCAAGAAAAUCUGUUGGCUAAUGGAGUUGACUUGGUUACAUAUAUAACAAGGUUCCAAUGGGAUAUGGCCAAGUAUCCAAUAAAGCAGUCCCUGAAAAAUAUUUCUGAAAUAAUUGGCAAGGGAGUAAACCAAAUUGACAAUGACUUGAAAGCCCGAGCAUCUGCAUAUAAUAAUCUGAAAGGCAGUCUUCAGAAUUUGGAAAGAAAGAAUGCGGGAAGUUUAUUAACUAGAAGCCUAGCGGAAAUCGUAAAGAAAGAUGACUUUGUCCUUGAUUCAGAAUAUCUCAUCACAUUAUUGGUGGUAGUUCCAAACUGGAGCUCUGAAUUUGUAACUAAAACUCUGUUGGCUGUUUUUUUCCUUCCCUUUAGAGUUCUUUCAGAGGACCAAGAUAGUUACCUGUGCAACGUUACUUUGUUUAGAAAGGCAGUGGAUGACUUCAGACAUAAAGCUAGAGAGAACAAAUUCAUUGUUCGUGAUUUUCAGUAUAAUGAAGAGGAGAUGAAAGCAGACAAAGAGGAGUUGACCAGGCUCUCUACUGACAAGAAGAAGCAGUUUGGACCACUAGUACGAUGGCUGAAAGUGAAUUUCAGUGAAGCUUUCAUUGCAUGGAUUCAUGUGAAAGCAUUAAGAGUUUUUGUUGAGUCUGUCUUAAGAUAUGGAUUGCCAGUGAACUUCCAGGCGAUGCUACUUCAGCCCAACAGGAAAAAUAUGAAGAAACUGAGAGAAGUAUUGUAUGAUUUGUAUAAACACCUGGACAGUAGUGCAGCAGCUAUUAUUGAUGCUCCUAUGGAUAUUCCAGGCUUAAAUCUCAGUCAACAGGAAUAUUAUCCCUAUGUGUACUAUAAGAUUGAUUGCAACCUAUUGGAAUUCAAGUAAAAAUCCUCACUACUGACAAUCCUAUCUUAGUGUUGGUGUAUAUGAACAGAAAUGAAGUUGAAGUAUGCCUAUACUUUUAACUCUAUUAAUCCAAUGCUUGCUUCUUACUUCCUAUCCUUAGGUGAAUUUUCCCCAUUGUGGUCCAUCUCUUGAUAUUUUCUUUUUAAAGAAGAGCAUAUGUAUUGUUGCUUUUUAUUGAUCAGGUCUGUAAAUGUGUGCUGAAAAAAAAUCAGAGUUUAUUUAUAAACAGAAUAGUAUAUUUAAAAAAAAAGUUUUUCUUCAUUAAUGUAGUGGUAUGCAUUCAGUAAACUUGUUACUAUUGUUCCACAAAGACCUUGUUUACAAGGGAAAAGUGUAAACAUUUGUACCAUUUUGUUUUCUGUAUUUAGUAGCUAUAAGUGUUAAAUGGUUAUUGAAUUGUGAUGUAAAAAAAGUGACAAUAUUCAGGUAUGUGUUGUCUGAAUAUUUCCAACAGCAAUCUGUGAGCACUGUCAGCACCCACAGGCGAGAAUAAAAUUACCUGUGCAAAGGUGUGUUGUGGUGUGCAUAACUUCUCCAAACUUUGGUCGGAGAGUCAGUCACUAAGAUCAUUGCUGACUAGUUGCUACUGUACCACUUUCUGGUAUUUGUUAUGUGCUGCAAGAGGCAAUUUGUCUUCUAUUCAGUUUGUGUUUGCUUUCCACAGAUGAUCUUGCUGUGCCAAAUUUACCUCAUGACACACAAUGUGAUGUUGGAGUUCAUUUUUCCAAACCUAGAUGUUUAUAUCUGGUCAUCAAACUUUUGGUAUUCUUAACUGAUUAAGAAUUAGGUCUAAUUUUGAAUAAAGUCCAGCAAAACUAUGUA